UCUGUGAUGAAAUGAAAGCGUAGAACUAAAAGCAUCAGUCGCUGUAUGUUUAAUAGAACGUUGCUGUUAUUUUGCUUUAUAGAAAGCUUGAAGAGUAACCGAGACAGACAGACAGGUGUUUUUUGGGCUGUUCUAUUCAUAAACACAUUUGUAUUAUAGCCUACCGCCCGUUAAAGGCGUGGCCUCGGCGUUUACGUGACGGUGACACAGCAUAUCCCGGUGUUCACCUGUUUACCAAUAGCUCUGCUGUUAAGCGCAAUGGCCCCUGCUGACAUACAGCAACAAACAUAUGCAGUUAUAUACUGCCUCCUACAAAAUGAACGGGAUUUCGAUAUGAUAGAACAUGAUGGUCCUGAAGACGAAAACGUGUUUGACCCAGUUACAAUAGCUUCUAAACUCAGAGAGCUGGGUGACGAUUAUGACGAGAAAGUGAUCCAGCCACUGAUCAAGAACGUUCAGAAAGCUGCUGCUAAUCAGGUGGUGACUGCAUUCGCUGAUAGUGUGGACAGUCUUUGUAAGACAUGGGUUGUGGAGAGAGCAGAAGUGGCCUCAGAGAAGCAACUCCUCAAGGCUGCUGUCACACUGGGACUCGUAAUGAAAAAGAACUGCCCUGAUAUGACAAAAGUGAUUGAGGUGGCUAUGGCUGGAUUUGUCAAUAACCGUCUGACCAACUGGAUCGCUGAGCAGGGUGGCUGGGUCUCUGUCUCUAAGAAAAGCACAUAUUGAGAUGAUUGGACAUCAUUCUCUCUCGCUUUCUCUCUUCUUCAAUUCUUUUUCUGAACAUUUGGUUUGGAAUACAUAAACUGUAAAUGUUCAUUCCAAGGUGUCAAGAUACAUUUGUAAGACAAUCACACAACCAGCAAUCAAAGGGCCAUUUCUGCAGCACUUUUAAUUUUGACUAUUAUACCAUGAUACUCUGAAAUGUGUUUUUUUUUUUUUUUUUUUUUUUUAUUUGUUGCAGGGAUACAUUUUUUAAAAUGGUGUUAUCUUAUGAUACAACUGUCUUUACAAUAGAAUUGUAAUAUUUCACUUGCAUCCCAUUGGACAUUGUGUUGUAACGAAAAUGUGUGUGAAUGGACUAAAGCUGGAAUGUAAAUGUUAUUUAAAACAAUGAAGCCUGUUGAACAACUUUUACGUGUAAUAAAUUAGGCCAUCAUGUCCACACUAAUACGUUUUUUUUUUUGUUUCCUAACGUCAGCAUUUUCCAACGUCUCAAUUUUCAGUGAAGGAAAUCAUCAUUCCAGUGCGAAUAAGAGGUGUAUACAUAUCAAAAUCAAUGCAUUUUCAACUGAAAACAUAUUGGUGUGAAUGCGGCCUUACAGAAGACACUUUAUAUUUGUUGGACUUCCUGCACUAAACCAGAUAAUGGUUAAUAAAAUAGAAAAUUAAUAUGUUUUAAAAAUGCAAAGACUUUGUUUAAUGUUCUGUUAUUUUUGUGAUUUAUGGUUUUAUUAUGUUAAUUGUCUAAUUUGUCCCCUUUCAUGACUUCCCCACAUCAUUCAGUUACGAGGAAAUAACAAGGUCACUCAUUUAUGGCCUCAUUCCCAACAGUGUCACUUUAAAACUCAUUAACCUAAUCCAGUUCCUCUUUCAGUAAAUGAAAUUUCCUUGCUUGAUAUUUAUCUUGGUUUUUUCUAAUAAACCUUGGGAUUA